AUGUACAUUAAGUCAAUUGUUCUCGAAGGUUUUAAAUCCUAUGCUCAGAGGACGGAAAUUAAUGGCUUUGACCCGUUAUUCAAUGCCAUUACUGGCUUGAAUGGUAGUGGCAAAUCCAAUAUCUUAGACUCCAUCUGUUUCGUGCUGGGAAUCAGCAAUCUGUCACAGGUGCGAGUUUCCAGCUUGCAUGAUCUAGUUUAUAAGAGUGGGCAAGCUGGAAUUACAAAGGCAACCGUGUCUAUUAUCUUUGAUAAUUCAAACAAAAGUCGAAGUCCACUGGGAUUUGAAGCUAAUGAUGAGAUCACUGUGACUAGGCAGGUUGCUGUUGGAGGUAGAAGUAAGUAUCUUAUCAAUGGUAUGAAUGUUCCCAACGGUCGUGUCCAGGAUCUCUUCUGUUCUGUUGGACUCAAUGUCAAUAAUCCUCACUUCCUCAUUAUGCAGGGACAAAUUACCAAAGUUCUAAAUAUGAAGCCACCAGAGAUUUUAGCUAUGAUUGAAGAAGCAGCUGGAACUAAGAUGUUUGAGUCCAAGAAAAUAUCUGCACAGAAAACCAUGGAGAAGAAGGAAGCCAAACUAAAAAACAUUGAAAUGGGCCUAUAUGAGGAGAUCAGUCCAACUGUACUGAAACUGAGAGAGGAACGAGCAUUGUAUCUAGAAUACCAAAAAUUAGUGCGAGAAGUAGAGCGUUUAAGCCAUUUUUGUAUAGCUUAUCAGUUUGUUCUGGCUGAAGAAACAAAGGCAUGCUCCAGUGAUAAGUUAAAGGAAGUGCAGUCUAAUAUAGAGAACUUUCAGAAAUCAAGGGCUGGAAUUGAACAGAAGAUAAAACAACUUAAUGAAGACAUAGCGGAGAUGGAAAAGGAAAAAGAUAAGGAAGGUGGUUGUAAACUCCAUGAACUAGAAGUUGCUCUUUCAGCACAUCAAAGAGUUAAUAUGAAAGUACGAAGCGCUCUUGAUCUCCAGAAGCAAAACUUAAAAGGUGAAGAGGUUAAGUACAAGGAAUUGGUGACAUGUAUGCAGAAGGAUUCUAAAGCAUUAGUAUCAAAGGAGAAAGAAGUAAAGAAUCUAGAGAAAGAACUAAAUGUUUUACUGGAAGAAAGUGAAAAAGAUGCACAUGCUUUAGCUGCAGCACAGCAGCAUUUUAAUGCUGUAUCUGCUGGCCUGUCCAGCAAUAAGGAUGGUGAAGAAGCUACUCUUUCAGGACAGAUGAUGAUCUGCAAAAAUGAAAUUAGCCAAGCACUAACAGAGGCUAAACAGGCUCAAAUGAAAUUGAAUUAUGCACAAAAAGAAUUAAAGGCAAAAGAAGCUGAAGUUAAGAAGAUGGAUGAAGGCUACAAGAAAGACCGAAAUGCCUUGGAAGCUGUUGAAAAAAUGAAAAUAACCCUAGAGAAGCAAAUGAAGGAGCUGAACUAUUCAGAAGAAAAAGGAGAAGCCCUCCUAGCAAAAAAGAAGACAUUGAUUUCUGAUAUCAGCCAGCUAAGAGAACUGUGUGAAAAUUUAAUGGCAAAAUUUCCUCAUCUACAGUUUACCUACAAACAUCCAGAAAAAAAUUGGAAUCCAAACCAUGUGAAAGGCACUGUUGUGUCUCUUUUCACUGUGAAAGAUCUAUCCAAUGCCAAAGCCCUGGAAGCGGUGGCUGGAGGGAAACUCUAUAACAUUAUUGUGGACACAGAAGUUACUGGCAAAAAGCUUUUAGAGAAGGGUGAACUAAAGCAUCGAUACACCAUCAUUCCCUUAAACAAAAUUUCAGCCAGGUGUGUUCAAGAAGACAUAGUCAAGUUGGCCCGAAGCUUGGCUGGGCAUUGUAACUUGUAUUUAGCCAUUUCUCUAAUUGGAUAUGAAUCUGAACUGCAGAAGGCAAUGGAAUAUGUCUUUGGAACAACACUGGUCUGUAAUAACAUGGAUAAUGCCAAGAAAGUGACUUUUGACAAAAGGAUAAUGACAAGAAGUGUUACUCUUGAUGGAGAUGUGUUUGAUCCCCAAGGAACUCUGCAUGGAGGUGCAUCCUCACAAGCUGCACCAAUAUUGUCUAAACUUCAAGAAGUGAAAGAUUAUGAAGUAGAACUCAAGAUAAAGGAAUCUGAACUUGAAGCUGUAGAGAAUGAGUUGGCAAGCUUGAAGAAGGUUGCUGAAAGGUAUCAGCAGCUGAAGCAGCAAUGGGAGAUGAAGUCUGAGGAAGCAGAGCUGCUGCACAAGAAGCUUUGUCAAAGUGCUUACCACAAACAAGAGGAAGAGCUGAUUGCCCUGAAGAAAACCAUUGCAUCUUGUGAAGAGACAUUAAACAAAACUGAAGAGACCAAAAAGAAGGCAGAAAAAAAAUACAAGGAAUUAGAGAAUAAACUUAAAAAUGCAGAAGCAGAGUGUCUAAAAGAGCGAAAAAAUGCAGAGCAGAAUCUAGAUAAUGCCAAGAAAAAGGCAGACACUUCAAGCAAAAAAAUAAAAGACAUGCAGCAGGAAGUCAAAGCUUUAGUUCUGGAACUUGAAGAGCUGAAACAAGAGCAGGCCUCCUAUAAACAACAGAUAACAGCUGCAGAUGAAGCAAUCAAAUCCUACCAGAAUCAAGUUAAUGCUCUGGUGACUGAAGUGGCUGAAACAGAGGAAUCUGUAGAGAAAGCACAGAAGGAGCUUGCCAAGCAAAAGGAAGUAAUUGCAUUAUAUGAUAAUGCAAUUAAAGACAAAUCUGCAGAGAUGGUAAAAUACAGAGAACAAAGUAAUGAAUUACAUCUGAAGAUUAAAGAAUUAGAACACGGCAUAAUCAAAUGUCAACAAGAAGCUGCUGAUGCUGCUGCCAAGGUGGCCAAAAUGCUGAAAGAACACAAGUGGAUAACUUCAGACAAGGAACUCUUUGGCCAGCCAAACACAGCCUAUGAUUUCAAUAAUUACAGCCCUAAAGAAGCAACUCAGAAGCUGCAGAAAUUACAGGAGCAUAAAGAGAAGUUGGAAAGGAAUGUGAACACACAAGUUAUGAGCAUGCUUUCUGAGGCAGAGGAAAGGUAUGAUGACUUAAUGAAGAAAAAGGAAGUUGUAGAGAAUGACAGGGAUAAAAUUCUUGUAACUAUUGAAGAGAUUGACCGGAAGAAAAAACAAGCUUUAGAUAUUGCUUGGAAAAAGGUGAAUGAAGACUUUGGUUCCAUUUUCUCAAUACUCCUACCUGGAGCCAGAGCAAAGCUAUCAGCCUCUAAAAAUGGCAAUCGCUUUAUUGGUAUGGAGUUCAGAGUUGCCUUAGGAAACACCUGGAAGGAAAACUUAACAGAACUUAGUGGAGGACAAAGAUCGUUGGUGGCCUUAUCCUUGAUAUUAGCCAUGCUCCUCUUCAAACCUGCCCCAGUUUACAUCUUGGAUGAAGUGGAUGCAGCCCUUGAUCUCUCCCAUACCCAGAAUAUUGGGCAGAUGCUUCGAACUCAUUUCAGACACUCCCAGUUUAUUGUGGUGUCCUUGAAGGACGGAAUGUUCAACAAUGCAAAUGUCCUCUACAAGACCAGGUUUGUGGAUGGUGUAUCCAGUAUUGCAAGAUACAGACAGACUAAAAACAAAGAAAAGGAUCUGCCUGCAAAAGCACACAAAAAUAUAGAACAUUGACUAUGGUGAGCUGGGAAGAAUUGGUCUUCUACAUGCAGUAGAAAUCAAAUAAAUGUUCCCUGUUGCUUCCUAAUGUUAAUGUUUAUAAUGUUACGUUUUUGUAGGCGU